AUGAAGCAAAGAGGGUUGAAUUCUUCAGUUUUGGAUUCUGACUCUCUUUCUCCUUCCCUCAUUCUUCUGUCUAUCCUUCUUUUUUCUGUAUCACACUCCUUUCUUCCUUAUUCUGCCUUUUUUCGUUUCCUUCCUUUUUUAUCUCUCCUUUCUUUCCUUCGUUCCUUUGUCUUUCUCUUUCCUUCUUUCCUUCCUCCUUCUGUCUCUUUCCUUCUUUCCUUCUGUCUCUUUCCUUCCUCCUUCUGUCUAUUUCCUUCCUUUUGUCUCUUUCUCCUUCCUUACUUCCUUUUGUCUCUUUCUCCUUCCUUCCUUUCAUCUUUCGUCUCUUCUUUCAUCUCUUUCUCCUUCCUUCUUUCCUUUUGUCUCUUUCUCCUUCCUUCUUUCCUUUUGUCUCUUUCUCCUUCCUUCCUUCUGUCUCUUUCUCCUUCCUUCCUCCCUUCUGUCUCUUUCUCCUUCCUUCCUUCCUUCCUUCCUUUCGUCUCUUUCUCCUUCCUUUCUUCCUUUCGUCUCUUUCUCCUUCCUUUCUUCCUUACGUCUCUUUCUCCUUCCUUCCUUCCUUCCUUAUGUCUGUCCGUCUCUCCUUCCUCCUUCUGUAUCUCUUUCAUUCUUUUUUCCAACAUGAGAAAACAGAUUAUUUCCUUUUCAUCUGAUCAGGUCUCCCUUGCAUCAAAUAUGGAUGCAUCUCUCUCUCUCUCUCUCUCUCUCCCAGCAUCAAAGGUAGAUGCAUCUAUCUAUUUGCAUCAUAUGUUGGUGCAGCAUUCUCCUCAUAUUAAUUGUGAAUCCAUCUCUCUCUUUACAUCUCAUUUUUGCAUUAAAUGUAAGUGCAUCUCUCUCCCUACCUCAAAUGUGGUUGCAUCUCUCUCUCUCUCCUUGCAUCAAACAAACAGGAGAAAUAACUCAGAAAUAUAUCAGUUCCUACUUUCCCCAUUCAUCUCAUGCCAAAUAGAAAUCAACUCCUGCUUCAACAUAUCUAAUCUAAACUAUCCCCUUCUCCUUUCACCUCUUUCUUGUCAGCCUUUUACCUUUUCCCUUCUCUUCUUUUUCCCCUCUUCCUUUCUCUUCUUUUUCCCCUCUUCCUUUCUCUUCUUUUUCCCCUCUUCCUUUCUCUUCUUUUUCCCCUCUUCCUUUCUCUUCUUUCUCCCCUCUUUCUUUCUCUUCUUUUUCCCCUCUUUCUUUCUCUUCUUUUUCCCCUCUUUCUUUCUCUUUUUUUUCCCUCUUUCUUUCUCUUUUUUUUCCCUCUUUCUUUCUCUUUUUUUUCCCUCUUUCUUUCUCUUCUUUCUCCCUCUUUUUUUCUCUUCUUUCUCCCUCUUCCUUUCAAUUAACUUACAUUACUUAUUUUUGUAUAUUUGCAUUUAUUUCUCCUACUUAUUUCAUAUUUGA